AUGGCCGGCAUGAUUCAGUUCUCCGAAGAGUCCAAGGAGCGCAUCUCUAAAAUCCUAGAUAUCACCCGAGAAGUCGUCCAUUAUGGCUAUCUACCUCUGAUUCUAUAUCUUGGCUUUACGAGAAGCGAUCCGAAGCCAUCAUUGAUCAACUUGAUUUCGCCUUUCGCCAACUAG